AUGGCAAAGGCAAUAGAUAUUGAUGAUGAUAUCAAUGAUCUUCGAAGAAUGAUGAAACAAGAUGCUGAACGAUGCAACGAUGCCUCAUUGCAUAGUUUUAUGCAACCAAAUUGUAAUGCGCAACAACAAUCUGACCUGUGCACUGAGUUAAAAAUAAUGGAGCCACAACCACACUCGCAGCCACAAAUACGAUCAGAGUUGUACACAUAUUCGGUGCCACAAACACACUCCGAUCUACACACUCACUCGCAUCCACAAACAGUAGCAGAGCUAAACACACAGUUGCAGCCACAAACAGUAGCAGAGUUACACACACACUCGCAGCCACAAACAGUAGCAAAGCUACACACACACUCGCAGCCAGUAACAGUAGCAGAGCUACAUAUACACUCGCAGCCAGAAACACAGCUAGAUACACACUCACAGCAUGAAAAUGACUCCAAUACAUACACACAUUUACAACAGCGAAGGGGCCCAUAUGGCCAAGCAACAAACAUAGUCCCAACUAACGUACAGAGGAAGGGAGACAGCAGCAUGUAUGGACAUACUUAUCACAACUUUGCGCAGGCUGGAGACAGGACAAAUAAUUGGUAA